AUGUCAGGAAUAUUGUUCGAGGAUAUGUUUGUGGUAGAAUCCACUGACUCUGGAAGAUAUAACAAAGUUUGCAGAAUAACGGGGAACUCGUCAACUUCAAAAGAUAUAAACAUCACAUUAGAUAUAAAUAGUGAAUUAUUUCCGGUAAAGGAGAACGACUCAUUAACAAUAACUUUAGCUUCAUCAUUGGGGAAUGAAAGUUCAAUGAUAACAUCAAAUGGUUCAUGGAGACCUCCAAAACCGGACGAUAGAUCGUUAGCUGAUGAUUAUGAUUAUGUCAUGUAUGGAACAGUAUAUAAAUUUGAGGAGAGUAGUGAAAAUAAUGAUAAAAUGUCCGUUUAUAUUUCAUUUGGAGGAUUAUUAAUGAGAUUAGAGGGUGGAUAUCGUUCAUUAAGUAAUUUGAAACAAGAAAACGCAUAUAUCUUAAUACGUCAUUAUAAAGAUAAUUAG